UCGCUCAUGGAACACGAGAAGCUGUGCGAUGUUGAUCAUUAAGGCUAGUGCUUGAUGACUUAUGUUGCAUUUUUUUGGUCCAAAGCUUACUACACUGCCUUUUUUACAGUCAAAUUUUAGCGGAUACUUCUUAAGAAUAUUUUCAUUUGUUCCCUGACCAGUUUCAAACUGCAGCUGUGUUGAAAAAUCGGGAUUCGGUGAAGAUGUCGACCGCGAGCGGAACAGCAGAUGGCUUCACCGGAGCCGGGAACGGCGGCGCCGCUCGACUUUCGGUCGUUGACUAUGUUGUCUUCGUGAUGGUGCUUGUUAUUUCUGCUGCCAUUGGCAUUUACCAUGCGUGUACCGGUGGAAAGCAAAGGACCACUCAGGAAUUCUUCGUGGCGGACAGGAAGAUGCAAUUCGUCCCGGUUGGAUUUUCACUCCUUGCCAGCUGGAUGUCUGCUAUUGCUCUUCUUGGAACUCCUUCUGAGGUUUAUGUUUAUGGUACCAUGUUUUGGUACAUUGGAGGGAGUUACAUCUUCAUGUCCAUCAUUACUGCAAAUGUAUUCAUCCCAACCUUUUAUAAUCUUCGUCUCACUAGUGUUUAUGAGUAUCUCCAGUUGCGAUUUUCUGUUGCAGCCCGUCUUGUGGGGACUACAGGGUUUCUAAUAUACAUGGUGAUGUACUUGUCCAUUGUCUUGUAUGCCCCUGCUCUUGCAGUUAAUGCAGUGACCGGGUUUACACUCUGGGGAUCUGUUCUCACAGUGGGUCUGGUGUGUGCAUUCUAUACAUCGGUGGGUGGGAUGAAAGCAGUAAUCUGGACAGAUGUUUUUCAGACCCUUGUUAUGGUAUCAUGUCUCAUAGCCGUUAUAAUCCAUGGUUCAGUUAAAAUGAAUGGCUUUGGUAAUGUCUGGCAUAUCAACGAGGAGAGCGGUAGAGUGGUCUUUGAUGAUAUACGUGUGGACCCAACUGUACGUCACACUGUAUGGUCUCUUGUAUUUGGUGCCACAUUCAACUGGCUUGCUAUCUUUGGUUGUAACCAGGCUUCUGUCCAGCGUUACCUUAGCUGCCCCACCCUCAGAGCAGCCAAAUGGUCCAUCUACUUGAACUGUCCGAUGCUAUUCAUAUUUGUCUCUCUUUGUCUCAUGUGUGGUCUGGUGAUGUUUGCUGUGUUUGCUGAUUGUGAUCCCAUCAAAGCUGAAUUCAUCACAAGGGGUGAUCAGCUUCUUCCUUUUUAUGUGGUAACUCAGCUUGGCUUUCUCCAUGGAUUACCCGGUCUUUUUAUUGCAGCCAUUUUCAGUGGGACUUUGAGCACUGUGUCUUCAGGCCUGAACUCAUUGGCUGCUGUGACAGUUGAAGACAUCAUUAGACCUAUCAAGAAAGAUCUCUCAGAUGCAAAGAGGACAACUAUAUCAAAGGUAUUAGCUUUACUGUAUGGACUCUUAGCCAUAGGAAUGGCCUUUGUAGCAUCCAAGCUGGGGCCUAUUCUCACUGUUGCUAUUGGUUUGAUGGGCAUGAUAGGAGGACCUUUACUAGGCAUGUUCACACUGGGUAUUGUCUUCCCUUGGACCAACAAUAUUGGUGCUAUAGUGGGUGGUUUGACUGGCUUUGCCUUCUCUUUCUGGAUUGGGAUUGGAGCUUAUAUCUAUCCAUCAAUGGCUGACAAACUUCCUACGUCUAUCGAUGCUUGCCUUCUACCAAAUGUUACAGACAUUUCUACCGACAUUCCGUCCUAUAUUUUGGCCAAUGUUACCUCUCUUCCUGACCUGAUAAUAACACCAGAACCUUACCCUGCAAUAGCAAAGCUCUACAGUAUAUCAUAUCUUUGGUAUAGCUUUACUGCUCUGGUAGUGGUCCUGUUUGUUGGUCUAAUAACAAGCUUUCUUACAGGUGCAACCAGACCAAGUGAGUUAGAUCCUCAGUUGAUCUGUCCCAUAUCAAGAAAGCUUUUCUGUUGUUUCCCAGCAAGCUGUAGAAGGAAAAUGGACUGUGGGGUCAACUUUGAUGAGAUUGACCACCGGAAUGGAAAUGCAUUUGACAUGGAUGUCAAAAGUAACGAUGCAACCAAUUACUCUAUGUUGGAUCAGAAGGAAAAUGGAAGAGCGCCAUCUCCUGUUGAUGAAAGCACACAGUUUUGACGAAGGCUUUGUUAAUGAUUCGUCCUGGCUUUUUUUUUCAAGGGAAUUUAGAUGACUACAGUGAAGAAUAAAAUUUAAAACAGACUUUGUAUUUGAAAGAUGAGCAAUUCAUAUUUGCAGAGAAGAUUGCAGUAAGCAGUGUAAAACAAAACUAAUGAUUGAAUACUCCACUUUAUUUAUUUUUAUGAUAAAGGAAAAUUUUCAAAAUUUAGAGUAAAAAAAAGUGAAAAGACUUUUUGAUUUUGAUAUGCAUUUAUUUGUCGUUGAUCUAUGAAUUUUCCUGCAUUGUUCAUCACAGGGUAUAGUGUAGAAUGAUAUUUAUUAUGAACCAUGUGUGCACAGUUACAAUGAUAGGUUUCCUCAGAAUAUAUCGCUGUUAUGCAUGGUAUUGCCAGUGUUAUGUAGGUUCACAUAGCUAUUCAAUUCUAAAAAUGAGUUUUUCAUAGACACAUUUGAAAAGAGGAGAUUGCAGCACUGCUUGAAACACUUGUGAAAUCAAUCAGCAAUUCUCAACCAACUGACUUAAUCCAUUUCUAGUGUGUAGAAAAUAUUGUUCAUUUCUAGAUUAAAAUACGUACUAUUUAAUGGGCUGAAAGUGAAGUCAUCUUCUUGAACAGAAAAAAAGGCUGAAUUGACCAUUUGCAGGGUAUUUAAGAUGAUCUUGAUUAAAAUCCAGUUUCAAUUUUCAUUAUCGAUUACCUCAGUGAUUCAAUUAUGUAUUCCAUCAUUGCUUCUCCAUGUUAUUGGGAAUUUCAUUCAUUCAGUGUGACAGCGUGUGAUGUGUGACAAGGAUUGUUCAGAAUAAAUGUCUUACCUAUAAGUCCAUUUCACCUUGUCUUCGCAGAGCAUUUAUUGAUAUUUUUCACCCGCAAUAAAGUAUGCGUGAAAGAAAAUUCCUGUGUGAAUUGUUUACAUAUAUGUUUAUAUCUUCAUCACAGAUGUGUUUUGCAAUAUGGUUGUGGUGUUGAGAAAAUUAUUGUAAAUAUAUAUUAUGUAUCUUGUUGAUAUCUGAAGGUUACUUUUUGAAAUUAAAUGUUCACCUUUUUCACGUCAUUAGUUUGAUUUUCAGGGUUUUCAAAAUAAUGGAAUUAUUUUCAGGGUGCAUGUGGUAUGCUCGUACAGUAAUUCUGAAUUUCGCCAUUGCCCUUAGUUAAGCCUCAUAUAAUUGGUUAUUUUAUCUUGCCAGAUGCAAAAGUGUUAUUGAUGUGUCAUACACUGAUUAGUAUAUAAGGUCAUUUGAUUUGUGAAGUUUUAGUAGUUUUUUACAAUUCAAGUGAAAGAGAAUUUCAAAGAACCUAUCGAAUAAUAAAUGGUUUUAAUCAAUUUUAUUUCAGUGGAAAAGCUUAUAAGCUGCUAAUUUAAGAAAUAUCUCAUAGAUCUACACUACCAGUGGAGUAUGUGUAUAUUUAUGGUAAACACUCAAAGAGUUGCUUAAAAGCACAAGUGCAUGUUUGCAUGCAGAAGAAAAUAUCAAGAUUACAAAUCAAAAUCUAAAAUGAUUUGUAUCU